UUCCCCCUCUUUUUGUCAAAAGAGAAGCCAAUGGGCAAUCUUAGGAUUGGUCCAAAAAGCACAAUUUUAAGAAAUCAAAACUCUUAACUGAAAGAUUUUGCAUGGGCCCAAAUUUAGCUUCUUCCUAUUAGAAAUCCCCCCUCCAACAUACUCUCUUUCUCUUGACCUUAUCUCCCUAUUUUCUCCAUUAUUUCCGUGGAAGGAUGAUAUAAUAAUCACCACCACCUUUUGUAAUAUAGUAAUGACACAUCAUUGUUAAUAUCCAAAACGCAAAAAAAGAAUCUAUUUAUUGGAUUCAAUAUUAAUCAAUAAAAAUUAAAAAAAGAGAGAAAAAAAGAGGACUUACCUUUCAAAGCAAACCGACCAGUUCUUGCGGUUGUUGGCUUGGCUUCAUCAAAUUGAAACGCUUCAAAGCUUUACAAACUUGAGCUUCUUCUCCACAGACACGCCACUUGAAGCCCUUUUCUUCUAAUAUCUUUUGCUUGCAGGAUGUGUCAUCUCUAUAUUCCUUCCUAUCUCUUUUCUCUUCUUUAUUGACAUAUUUGAUGAUAUCUCCAACUGCAUAUAGAUUCCAAAACGUGAAAGAACUGAAUGACAUAUUACAUUACACGCAUCUCCUUUCAAAAUUCACCAAAUCUUUCUAUCCUUUUCUGUUCAUAUCAUGUUUACGUUUCUAUCAAAUUAUUUUACCUUUUCCAAUCGAAGUUAGAAGUAAUGAUCUAAAGAAUGAUUUGGGGAAUUGAAACAGAACAACCUGAGAGUAGUACAUCUUCUCAUCAGCAGUCAAUACUUCUCCCUAUGAGAAUCAUUCUGAUUUCCUUGCUGAUUAUUCAAUUCUUUACCAAUUCUGAAUGUCUAAGCAGAGCUGAUUUUCCAGAUGGCUUCAUAUUUGGAACUGCAGCAUCGGCAUACCAGUUUGAAGGGGCUGUAGAUGAAGGAAAUCGAGGUGCCAGCAUAUGGGAUACAUUUGUGAAGGAACCAGGAAGAAUACUAGACUUCAGCAAUGCAGACAGGACUGUUGACCAAUACCACAGAUUUAAGGACGAUAUACAGCUGAUGAAAGAUAUGGGAAUGGAUGCCUACAGAUUCUCAAUCUCAUGGCCAAGAAUCUUUCCAAAUGGGACAGGAAAGCCCAACGCAGAUGCCAUAAACUAUUACAACAAUUUUAUAGAUGCUUUGCUAGAAAAAGGAAUCCAACCUUUUGUAACUCUUUACCAUUGGGAUCUUCCUCAAGUGCUUGAAGACAAGUACGAAGGAUGGCUGAGCAGAAGGAUAGUAAAAGAUUUUGAACAUUAUGCCGUUACAUGCUUUCAAGCAUUUGGUGAUAGAGUGAAGCACUGGAUCACCUUCAAUGAACCACAUGGUUACUCAAUAAAAAGCUAUGACCUAGGAAUUCAAGCUCCUGGUAGAUGUUCUUUUUUGGGUCAUAUAUUAUGCAAGAAGGGAAAUUCAUCCUCUGAACCAUAUAUAGUGGCACAUAAUAUUCUCUUGUCUCAUGCUGCUGCUUAUCAGAGUUACGGAAAUCAUUUCAAGAAAAGACAAGGAGGUCAGAUAGGAAUAGCAUUAGAUGCCAUAUGGUAUGAACCAUUAUCUGAAAAUGACGAGAACAAAGAAGCAGCACUCAGAGCCCUUGAUUUUGAAAUUGGAUGGUUUCUCGAUCCACUUUUCUUUGGCAAAUAUCCUCCUUCAAUGAGAAGACUUGUGGGGGGAAGACUACCAAAAAUAUCACGUGUAACUGCAAAGUUCCUCACAGGAACCCUGGAUUUCAUUGGCAUGAACCACUACACCUCCUUGUAUGCUCGAAAUGAUAGGAUCGGGAUUCGAAAACUAAUAUUCAAUGAUGCUUCAUCAGAUUCUAAUGUCAUUACUACUCCACACAAAGGCGUCUCUACCAUCGGAGAAAGAGCAGCUUCCCGCUGGUUACGUAUUGUUCCAUGGGGAAUCCGGAAAUUGGCAAUUUAUUUGAAAUAUAAGUAUGGGAACCCACCAGUGAUUAUAACAGAGAACGGCAUGGAUGAUCCAAACAAACGGUCCAUACCUUUAGAAAAGGCACUACAGGAUGAUAAGAGAAUAAGAUACCAUAUAGAUUACCUAUCAAAUCUAUCCAGUGCUAUUAGGCAAGAAGGCUGCAAUGUCCAAGGCUACUUUGCGUGGUCGCUACUGGAUAAUUGGGAGUGGAACAUGGGAUAUACUGUUCGAUUUGGACUCUACUACGUCGACUACAAGAACAAUCUUACGAGGAUUCCAAAGGCAUCCGUUCAGUGGUUUCAGAGCAUGCUCAAAUCAGAAGAUAAACAGACAAAUCAAACUAUAUGUUCCUAAUAGUCUUUACAAUUUGAAUCUCAUAUCAAGUAUAACAAUGUACAUUUUAUGUCAAAACUGAAAUUGAAUGAAUGAUUACGAAAAUGACGACACAGGAAGGAAAAAAAUGUUAAAGACGUGGAUUUGUAAA